UCUGUUGCUGCUGCUACUACUGCUGCUGCUCCCCAUCCCCUCCCCCGGUGUUGACCAUGGCUGAAUCCGCUAAGAGCGACUCCUCCGCGGAUCGUGUCGGAUACAUCACCCGCGUCCAGAGCUUCAGCGCCUGUCACCGGCUCCACAGUGCUUUGCUGAGUGAUGAAGAAAAUAAAGAAGUCUUUGGGAAAUGUAACAAUCCUCACGGUCACGGACACAACUACAAAGUAGAGGUGAUGGUGCGUGGAAAAAUUGACCGUGUCACUGGGAUGGUCAUGAACCUGACGGACCUGAAGAGACACAUUGAGGACGUCAUCAUGACUCCACUGGAUCAUAAAAACCUGGAUAAGGACGUCCCGUACUUUGCCACUGUCGUCAGCACCACCGAGAACUUGGCUGUUUACAUCUGGGACAACAUGGUGAAGGUCCUGCCGCCAGACGCCCUCUAUGAAAUAAAGAUUUACGAGACGGACAAGAACAUCGUCACUUAUCGAGGAGAGUAGACGACGAGUGUUUUCUUUUAAGCGGGUUUUGAAGUGUGGUUUCAAACAUGGGCUGCCUGUGUCGGUACUGACACAAGGAAAGAACAAGCUGCUUUUCCAAAGACACCUUAUCUCACUGUUAAACAGCCUUUUGUAAUUGGAAAUUGAAGUUUGUAAAACUCUCUCCCUCCCGCACCAAACCCCAUAUAGAAAACUGCUGGUCUUCUGCUGCCUUGUUUUGUAAGUUUGUGUCACUUGGGUCAAGGAUUUUACGUUGUUCAAGCUCUGCUUAUGUUGGUAAAGAGCAGUUUAUUUUUACUUUAAAUCAUAAAUAAUUUUAACGUCUUUAAACACAUUUAAUGACGUACAGAUUAUAGAUUUAUUACAUGUUAAUCCAUCAGAUUGUUUGUGUUUUUGUAAAUAAGUUUUGUUUAUGAUCAUGAAGCUGCGUUUCAGAAAUGGACAAUCACUUAUUUUGUUGUUGUUUUACCAGUGGAGUAUUUCAUCGCACAGUGUUCCCUGAAAAAGUGUAAAAUGGUUGACAAAACAGCAAAAAUACUUAUAUUUUUAAUUUAAAUUAAAGUUAUUUGAAAUAUAUAUAUAUAUAUCUUUACAUAGCUUGUUAAAUUAAGCUUGAAUGGAAUAAAAUGUGAAUAUUGUGUAUUUUUCUUUGAAACAAUUGUCAACCUUUUUUAAUUUUCCCAGUGUAAUAACACUGACUGCAGCUAACACUGACACCUAGUGGUAGAAAAGUGCACACCACAGUUUGUUGUAUUAAACUUUGAAGGACUGUUGAUUUUGAAUGGAAACAUACAUUUUCUUAUAAAAUAAAAUGUACAAUUUUAAAUCACUGA